GAAGUACGAGGAGUAGGCUGCGCUGGCGGAAAGAAAGGUUCAGGGUAUGACGUGGAAGGAUCAAGCCAUGACAGAGAUCAGACUGACACUGCCACCAGCCCCUAUUGCACCUGCCGUCGCGUAAAAUCGCGCCGCGCGAGGCGGGCGGCGCGGUGCUCUUCGCGCCCUCGCGCCGCCCCCCUGAAGAAGGGGGGACCGCUCGCAGCGCGCGGAUCGCGGCCAGCCUCGCUGUCCCAGGAUGGCAGUCAAGAGGACGCUCGAGUUCCCCCACAUGGCCAAGCAGGCGGGCGCCGGCAAACGGAGGCAGAGACUGGAGCACGUCGACCACCGCACCGGCUCCGGCAGCUGGCGGAGCACAGCGGCAGACAGCAGCAAGGCCUUCACGAAGGACCAGGGGGACCAGAUCACUGAGAAUCAGCGGCAGUCAAAAAAGGUAAUACGUGAUACCUGCGCGAAGGAAAGGCAAGAGCGGGUGGGUGCCUGAUGACAUCUUCGGUUGCGAACCGUUGGCUGCUCUGCCAGACCAGCGGCCAAGUCCCAUGGCGGUAGCCAUCGUCCUCCCUUCGGAUGCACUGCACCGCUGGGCAAGCGCAGCAGUCACGGCAGCGGCUGUCAGUGUACUGGCAGAAUUGGACGUGCAGGUGCGCCCGGGUGCAAGGCUGCCCUCGCCGUGCAAGCGCCCUAUCGUAUUGACACGCUGUGUCGACGCCGCCCGAUUCCUCGGCCACCUUUGUCGCGAGGAAACUGUAGGCCAGGAGCUCCGUGGGCGGCUGCCGCCAGUGGGCCUGCCGCCUGCCGCCGGGCCUCCGCCGAUUCCUCGGGCGGGGCCGCGCGGCGGGCGGGGCCCCCUCUCUGGAACGCGCCCGCUGUCGGCGGAGGAGGCGCGGGGGCGGAGGAGGGGAGGGCGAGGAGGUUGAGGAGGAGAAGGAGGAGGAAGCGCAGCCAACGAGCUCGCACGGCCGCGGCAAACUGGGCCGCCGGGGCAGCCCAGGCUGGAGCGGAAGAGCGGGCCCUGGGCAGCGCAGGAGCGGAGGAGUGGGCACGGCCCAGGGGAGGCAAUACAACCAGUGCCCCCGCAAAUCUACGUAAGGCUACAGAGCCAUCCAAGCCGCCU